UACUUUUUCCGGUAAACAAUAAGCGGAAAUUGGUUAAUUAGUCCUCCUUCCGGUAAACAAUAGGGAAGCGGAAAUUGGUUAAUUAGUAAUCCUUCCGGUGACAAUAAGGAAGCGGAUAUUCAUUAAUGAGAUGUCCUUCCGGUAACAUCCUGUAAACAAUAGGAACGCGGAUAUUUGUUAAUAAGGCAUCCUUUCAGUGACAUCCGGGAUAGAACAAUAGGGACUUCCUUAAUCAGGAAGCUCAUCCUUGUGUAUCAUGGAAGGAAGGGGUCAUCUUGGAAGCUUCCUUUUGUAUUAUGUGUAUUUGUGUAUGUUUGUGUUGACCAAUGGUAUUGGGAGGAUGUUGUUUAGGAAGUGAUGUGAUUCAAGUCCUUGUCUGUGAUUGGACAAGAGUAAUUAAGCACGUGUCCAAAUGGGGAGGAGCCAAUGGGGGGGUCAAGGGGUAUAAACAGGGGCACAUUUGCCCCCCUCUACAUCACAGCCACUUGUGCAUUCGACUCGUGUACUACUCGCUUCUCAAUACUUCAACAUCUACCGUUACUACAUUCUACAAUGGCUGGAAGAAAGUCAUCAAGCAUGUCAGAUGAAUUUCCUUUAAACACUCCAUGUCUGAAGAGGGUACCUGAGGAUGACGAGUCCUUUGAAUGGCCGACACAAAAACGUCUGUGUCCAGACAACAACACAUCAGCAGGACCUUCCUCGAGUUUGCCGGAAAAUGUUUUAGCAGUGAAGGCUGCUGUUUCUCAAAUGGAACGAGACUUGAACUCCGACCCAACACCCGUCACCCAGGCACCAAGUCAAAAUGGAUGGGCUCCUGCUCGAUCGCUGUCUCGUCAAUCAAGUCGACGUGCUAGGAUGGCCCCCAUCAGGAGAGCCCUGAACUACGAAGAGGAUGAGGAUGGGGUGAUCACCAUCCCUGAUGAUGAGGAAGAGGAUGAUGACGUCUUUCCAGUUGAGUCACAACUUCCCGUUCUUCACCUCCAAGAAAGGGAAUUGGAGAAUAUGGCAGGAAGGACAGAGGAGGAGCUGAUGAGAGACUUGGAGGAAAUGGCUGCUGGUACGCAGGGAGAGCUGCUGGCAGAUUGGGACCAAAUAGUUGCGGAGGAGGAGGAGAGGAUGGAGCACGAGACAAGGAUGCAGGAGGAGACGAGGAUGGAGGAGAUAGAGGAGGAAAGCGACCCUGAGAUGGAGGAGGUAGAGGAGGAAAGCGACCCUGAGAUGGAGGAAAUAGAGGAGGAAAGUCAGCCUGAGAUGGAGGAGGAGGCAGAUGGCAUUCUUGAAAGCGAACUCCAUCGGCUGAUGGAUAGAAUUGAAGCAGUCAGGAUUCAGCGAAGAGAUGUAGCGCCAGUGGAUGAGGAGAUGGAAGAGGGGGAGAUACAGGAUGGCAUCACUGAAGAAAGGGGACAACAAAUUCACGAAGAAUCAUUGAAGAUUGCUGUCAAGGCCCUGACUGACCUGAUAUAUGAAAUUGUAACCGAGAACUGUGAAGGCUGCAUCAAUGAAUACGGUGGUCAACUUGACCAUCCUCAAUGCGUGUUGAUGUCUUGGGGGGAACAAGUGGAAACAUACUUUCCAUUGGCCUUGGAGAGAUUGACUAACAAAGUGCUUCUCUCCAAGCUACAUCUUGUACACAAAAUACACAUGAUGUUCGACUGUGAACUGGAUGUCGCAAUAUUGGAAGCAACUGAAUUUUUAGAAUACGAUAUGAAAAAGGGAUGGGUUAAAGACAAGGUCAGAGACAUGGUGCUAAGGAAACUAUGAGCACAU